CCAUUGUGGAGAUCCACACCAGCUUCCCCACCUUCAACAAGGCCUAGACGAGGAAACUAAAACCCAAAGAGAGACAGCAACUUUCCCAGGGUCACCUCCAAUAUGCAGAUUCCUGCCAUGAUGUCUUUGCUCCUUGUGUCCGUGGGCCUUAUGGAAGCACUUCAGGCCCAGAGCUACUCCAUCAUACGAAGAGAACUCUUCUCUCAAGAAAUGCCCCUGGAUAUGGCCCUGGCCUCCUUUGAUGACCAGUAUGCUGGUUGUGCUGCAGCCAUGACAGCUGCUCUACCAGAUCUCAACCACACAGAGUUCCAGGCCAACAGAGUGUAUGCAGAUGGCUGGGCACUGGCAAGCAGCCACUGGCAGGAGCGCCGGGCCUGGGGAACAAAGUGGAGCCUCAGCUCUACACCUCUGCCCCCGCCACCCCCGGGCUUCCGUGAUGAGCAUGGAGUGGCCCUCCUGGCCUACACAGCCAACAUCCUGCACAAAGAGUUUAACGCAGCUGUGCGUGAAGCAGGCCGCUCGCGGGCCCACUACCUCCAUAACUUCUCCUUCAAGACACUCCAUUUCCUGCUAACUGAGGCCCUGCAGCUGCUGGGCAGAAGCCAGCAUCUGCCCCGGUGCCGCCAAGUGUUCCGGGGGGUACGUGGCGUACGCUUCCGGCCAGUAGGGCCUGGAGCCACUGUAAGGCUGGGGGGCUUUGCUUCCGCAUCACUACAGAAUGUUGCAGCCCAGCAUUUUGGUGAGGACACCUUCUUUGGCAUCUGGACCUGCCUUGGGGUCCCUAUCAAAGGAUACUCCUUCUUCCCUGGAGAGGAAGAGGUGCUGAUCCCCCCCUUCGAGACUUUCCAGGUGAUCAAUGCCAGCAGACCCGCCCAGGGCCCUGCCCGCAUCUACCUCCGGGCCCUGGGCAAGCGCAGCACAUACAACUGCGAGUAUAUCAAAGACAAGAAGUGCAAGUCUGGGCCCUGUCAUCUGGAAAAUUCAGCAAUGGGCCAGAGCCCCUUCUCUGUAGCCUGGUCCCUGCCACUGCUACUCUGGUUCCUCGUGGUAAGGGCCUCUCCAGAGGAUCCAGGCCUCCUCUGACCCAUCUGACGCUGAACAGCCCUGCCUGCUGCUCCUUGCCCUUAGGAUACUGGCCAUGCGUGUGCUUUAAGUGUAGCAAAUUUCCCAGUUAAAUGUACCUGCAGGGAACUCUGGGACCUUUCCUGGAAGCUGGAGCUGCUGUGGAGAAAGAGAAGAAUUUUGGGACUAAACCUUACCC